UCUCUCUUUGCAUUCUGUGCACAUCAAAUGGCGGCCGGAGAACUCAGACGCUCCACGCGGGCACGCAUGCAAGUCAAGUUCUACAAGCACGAACAGGCUGAGCAGGCUGCCGACUCUGCACCACGCAAAAGAAAGCAACUGAACACCUUGCGCAUCGACGACAGUGAAGAUGAAGACGAAGCAGAUGUUGUCGUACACUCUGCAGACUCGAGCGAUGAACGCCCUACCAAAGAGCAGAGGAAGCAGUCUUCGAAGAAGUCUAGCAAGAAGUCCACCGCCAAAGCGACUUGGCAUGCAGAAGUUGCUGAAAAGCGUAUUGCAGCACGCCUAAACGACAUUGACAAGUUGCAGCAAGGCGAGAAGGAGCAUCGCCUCUUAGACUACGUCGAAGACGAAGACGACCUCACAGAAAAAUACUUGAGCGCUCUCAAAAAGGUCGACAAGGAGAAAAUGUUCGUACUUGACCGAGUGCGCGAAGUCCACAAUGACUGCUACACCAACAUCGAAGAUUGUCCUUGUGAGACACUAAGCGUCGCUGGUUCGAAGGGGAAUGUCUACACGGUGACAAUUUCUCAUCUCAUGACCUGCAACUGCCCGGUAUCCAUCUGGCAAAAGAAAGGCGAAGAAUCAGUCUGCAAGCACAUCAUCUACGUCCUGCACAAAAUCCUAAAGGCACCCGAGCAUCUCAAAUACCAGCAAGCUCUCUUGACUCGAGAGCUGAAGGAGCUCUUCGCCCACGCUCCGCGCCUUCCAUCUGAGAUUGCGGAAGAGACCGUGAAAGAUGGCAACCGCAAAGAAGCUACCGGAGAAUGUCCCAUCUGUUUUGAAGGCUUUGAAGAAAGCGACGAUCUGACGUGGUGCCGAGCAGCUUGUGGCAAUAAUCUUCACGUUGCUUGCUUCCAGCAGUGGGAGAGAGCCAAGAAUCCCGUUACUU